GGAGUAGCAUACGUGACGGACUGAGCAAGUUUAGCGGUAGCUUCCUCCUGCCUAAGCUCACCGGUUCGUCUCUCUGGCUGUCCGCAUCAUGUUCAGAGCCGCCGUCCGACUGUCGGUCUCCGGUGUCCGGAGUUUAACCCGCAGGCAACCUGGGUGCCAAGCUGUUUUGGCCUCAAGGUGUUACUCACAUGGAAAGCAAGAGACAGACGAGGAGUUUGACGCCCGCUGGGUCACCUACUUUAACAAGCCAGACAUUGACGCAUGGGAGCUGAGGAAAGGGAUGAACACGUUGAUCGGUUAUGAUCUGGUACCUGAGCCAAAGAUUCUCGAGGCAGCACUGAGAGCCUGUCGGAGGUUAAACGACUUGGCCAGUGCUAUCCGAAUUUUGGAAGCUGUAAAGGACAAAUCCGGCCCUCAUAAAGAGAUCUACCCGUAUCUGAUCCAAGAGCUGCGGCCAACAUUAGAUGAGCUCGGCAUCUCUACACCUGAAGAGCUCGGCAUUGACAAAGUGUAGACAAAUCCAAUGACGGUGGAUAUCCUCAGUACACAGAACUCAUGUACUUUACUGUUUGCCUCAUAUAAUACGUGUGAUAUUUAAUUUGGCCUUUAUUAAGUUCUUUUGCUUGUAAAAUAUUGAUGAACCUAAUAAAGGAAAAUGUGUCUUUGA